AUGACUGCCACCAAGUUCGGACGCUUCCUUCCGCGCGGCGUGUACGCCCCGAUCAACACCUUCUUCCACGACGACGAGUCGCUCGACCUCGACACGUUCAAGAAGCACGCCCACUACGUCGCGAGCGCUGGAGUCGGUCUCGUUGCGCUCGGCUCCAUGGGUGAAGCCGUCCACCUGUCGCACUCUGAGCGCAACGCCGUCGUGACCGCCGCUCGCGAGGCUCUCGACGCCGACCCUGCGCUCGCCGACAUCCCGCUCAUCGUCGGCACGGGCGCGUGCUCGACGAGGGAGACGAUCGAGCUCACCAAGGAGGCGGCCGAGAGGGGCGCCAAUUACGCCAUGGUCAUUGCUCCUGGCUACUUUGCCGGCGCGCUCGGCAAGCCGGCGCUCAAGCAGUUCUUCGUCGACGUCGCCGAGGCGAGCCCCAUCCCUAUCAUCGUGUACAACUACCCGGGAGCUGCGUCCGGCAUCGACAUCGACUCGGACCUCAUGACGGAGAUCGCCGCCGCGUCCAAGAACAUCGUCGGCACCAAGUUGACCUGCGGCAGCGUCGGCAAGCUCUCUCGCUUGACGACCCUGCGCGACGACUUUGCCGUCCUGGGCGGGUUUGUCGACUUCCUCGCGCCCUCGGUCUUUAUCGGCGCGGCGGGCGGCAUCACGGGCCUCGCCAACAUUGCGCCCAAAACCUGCCUCAAGCUGUACCGCGACACGGUCGCGUCGCUGUCGGGCAAGGUCGACCCGGCCGCCGCGGCCGAGCUGCAGGGCGUCGUGUCGCGCGCCGACUGGGUGCUCGUCAAGGGCGGCAUCUCGGGCACCAAGUACGCGCUGAGCCAGGUGCGCGGGUACGGCGGCGUGCCGAGGCGGCCAAUCUUGCCGUUCGACGCGGGCGAGGGCAAGGGCGACAAGGUCGUCGCCGACCUGCAGGAGAUUCUCAAGAUUGAGAACAGUCUGUGAGCGACGAGCCUGCAACGCGCUUUCUGUUCGAGUCGAGCC